AUGAUGGUUGACCCUGCAGUCGCCUACCAAGAUUAUGCUGCAUUUAAUGAUGGGAAGGACAUCUUCAUGAAAACCAGCAACGGGUCCGUCUUCGCGGGUGUUGUGUGGCCAGGAAUCACCGCGUGGCCAGACUUCUUCAAUCCAGGGAGUCAAAUUUACUGGAAUCAUCACUUCUGCAACUAUCCAUGUAAGGAUCCGGGUGGGUUUGCUAAGGAGAAUGAUUUCCCGCCAAAGCCUCCACCAGUGCGAAAUGGGUCGGCGAUUGUUCUCGAAGGGUUCCCAGCCGGUUUUCAGCCACCGUCACAGAGGAAGCGACAAGAGUCGAGUUUGGGUAAGCAUAUGGUGCUUUCUGGGCGGGAAUUGAUCGACCCACCUUACAAGAUCAGGAAUGCUGCGGGCGGACUCUCAAACAAGACGUUGGAUACGGAGCUGGUUCAUGACAACGGGCUAGUGGAAUACGAUACGCAUAAUCUGUACGGCAUGAUGAUGUCGUCGGCAUCACGCGAAGCCCUCCUCCAGCGUCGACCAGGAGAAAGGCCUCUGGUGAUCACACGAAGCACCUUCCUUGGAGCUGGCAGACACGUCGGACACUGGUGUGGUGAUAAUGUGGCGAGUUGGGCACAGUAUGAGAUCAGUAUCUCGUCCAUGUUGAAUUUUCCCAGCGUCUUUCAAACGCCUAUGGUAGGCUCGGAUGUUUGUGGGUUCUCCGGCAACACUACAGAAACAUUGUGUGCUCGCUGGAUGAUGCUCGGAGCCUUUCAAAGCUUUUAUCCAAAUUACAACGAAUUGGGCAGUAUCGGGCAGGAAGCCUAUAGAUGGCCGACCGUGGCAGAAGCAGCAAGAAGAGCUAUUGACAUCAGAUAUCACUUAUUGGACUAUCUCUACACGGCAUUUUAUGUUCAGACUCAGAUAGGCAAGCAGGCACUGAAACCGCUCUUCUAUCUCUACGCCACUGAUAAAGAGACGUUCGGCAUCGAUUCUCAAUUCUUCUACGGCGAUGGCAUCCUUGUGUCACCGGUCACUGAGGAGAACAGCACCAGUGUAGAUGUCUACCUGCUCGACCAUAUAUUUUACGACUGGAACGGAGAUUUCUCUCCCGUCAGAGGCAGUGGAGCCACAAUUAGGCUGUCUGAUAUCGAUUCUACAACCAUCCCAUUGCACGUACGUGGUGGCAAUAUCCUGCCUCUUCGGAUGGAGAGUGCAAACACUACUGCAGCAGUCCGCGCGAAAGGAUUUCACAUCCUUGUGGCGCCGGGGUUGGAUGGACAAACCAAAGGGUCCCACUACAUGGAUGAUGGUGUUUCAAUUGAACAGCCAAGGACUACUUUCAUCAAUUUCACGUACAACAAUGGAUCAUUCACCAUGUCUGGCGAAUACGACUAUGGUGCUAAUGUCAGCAUUGAGAGGAUCAGCGUUCUGGGGGUUAGCUCUGAGCCCCAAAGUGUCAACUUGACGGGGUUGUCGUCGACAUUCACCUUCAACGGUACGACUCAGGUGGUCACUAUUGAUACAAGUCUGCCAUUGACCGCAGACGCGAGGUUCCAACUUCCCGCUAGCCAAGCUGAUCGUGCUUCCCCAGCGAACAAUACCACGCCACCACAGGGAGGCUCUGAAGGGCAGGGGGGUGGGCAGAGUAGUGGUGGCAGCGGCGGAGAAUCGUCCGCUGCUGUGGCUCGGAGCUUGAUCAGCAUCAAGGUGUCUGCGGCGCUGAUAGUUGUGAUAUUGAUCUUGGACAUGUAA